AUGCUCGUGCAAUCUUUAAUCACCGAGCGCGCCGAGGUUUUUGUGUACGAUCCUCAAAUACUUUGCAAAAAGCAAAUCAUUGGAUGUAUUUGUACAUCGCCUGCGACGCCCAAGCAGGAGUAUAAGCCUGUCUGGUUCGAUGUUCUCACAUCAAUAAGAGCGCGUCUGGUCACCUACCUCCCACUAGCUUCAUCCGGGCAAGACAAGCUGUUCAAAGAACAUCAGACCGUGCGGAUGGAGCACGGAGGGCUUCAAUGUGCCUCCGAGUCGGAGGGCGGCCAAGGAAAUAUGAUAUGGCUCUUUGGAGAGUCCGACCUAGUCAGGGUCGGGAAUACUAGUCGAGCCGUGCGACACGCACUAUUCCUUAGUGAAGAGGAUACUUCAAUCCCUGCCUUUGAUGGCGACUAUCAUCACCCGUCCCGGCUGCCCACCGACCUACGCCCGGAUUCAACUAUUCAGACCUGGCAUCCAAUGUGCCGAGCAUCAACAACAUAUAUGACGAAUAAACUAAAAGAUGCUGAAAAGCGGGUGGAUGAAAUCAAUGAGAUUGCCAGCCGUUGCGAUGAUAAACUUAAGUUUCAAGCCCACAACAUCCGGAAACUCGUUUCGCAAGGGGCUGGUCAUACCGCAGCCUUGGCUACUUGGGACGGAGCCCUGAAACAAGUAGAAUACCAAGUGGACAGUGUUCGUCAAGCCUUGAGUUCGAAUGCUGAGAAACAGACAGCAUCUUCAAAAGACAUUGAACUACGACUAGCAGACAUCGUGGAACGCCAAUCUGUCGAUUCCGGAGCCAAAGACGGCAGACUUGCUCAGGCGGAAGCAGCUUUAACUUGUUUGAAGAAAGAACAAGCUGGUCUUAGGUCACAGUUCAAUACUCUUUCCAACACGUUGCAACACGUGGAGAAUUGUUUGCACUCAUUGAAGGAGCAGAUGUGCACGGCUUCAACUCUUGAAGAAACUAUGACAGAUUUGCAGAGCAAAUUUUCCUCAUUCACAAUCGAGGUCGACGAAUUGCGAGAGCUCAUCGCAGAAGUGACCCUCAACGUUCAUCAACCUUCCACCCUCGAUAGCGAGCUAGAGACUUCUAAGUCCCGGCAAGGUUCAACUGGAGGCCCCUCAACUGUACGCACGGAGGACUCUACGAUAUCGCCAUUACUCAGGGUUAGAUUCUCAAGUGGUCAAAUCGUUGCUACUUGGAUAACGGCUCCUUUUAGGAGGGAGGGUGUCGCUGAAGAUCGCACUGCGUUAUCGUUCUUUGGCUGGUGGAGCAAGUAUAAAAAUCAAGAUCUCCAGGAAUGGAUUCUCAUCCUCAAAAAUACUGUACCUCUUCCCGCCAACGUCAAGUUUAAAACCAUGUCGGCGGCUGGAGUCUGGUGUUUAGCUGGCGUAGCCCUAGCCUUAUCCUGGGUCAUGAUUAUCAGACUAAGCGCUGGCGAGCCAGUAAAAAUGCAGAGCGAGCGAUUAAGUCGUGCGAAUGACAUACAUGCGAAAGCUAUCACGUCGUUGGCUGAGUAUAAAGCAGAGCGUUUGCUCAGUUUCGAUCCUACUGCCAUCCAAUGUACGCAUAGAAAAGAGUAUCGAGGUUUAACCGAGUACAACUUCUGUUGA